AUGGACGAGAGCGAGAUGACACGGUCCUCUCGCGAGCCCAGUGGUCAGAGCGAUGCAGAGAAGAGGACGGGAAUAGUGAUUGAAGAUGAGGAGGUUAAAAUGGAGAACUUGCAAGAGGCGGAGGUGGAGGAGAGUGGUGGUGGGGAAAUUUGUGACUUUAUGGUGAUGCGACGUCGUGGUGCAGUCUCCAGGAAAACUUGGGUCUUCGAUGCCGGUGAUCCGCUUGCUUGCGUCGCCAUUUCCAGCUUCUACCCACUCAUCGCUAUUGCAGGACGCAACCUCCUUCAAGUUCUGCGAGUAGAUGGGGAUAGGUUCCUCUCAGUUCACCGGAUGACAAACCUUCAGCGCAAUAUCUCGAGUACUACGACAGUGAAUACGUCGAGGUCUACUUCCGCCUCUACGGCGACAUCAGCAUCGUCAUCGACAAACACGGCAGCAGCAGCAGCCCACUUUCAACCUCCUCGUAGCUACGCCAUCAACGAUGUGGCUUGGUCGGACUCAAAGUGUGAGAUAGCAUUUCCUGUUCGCUUCCCUUAUUUAAAGUGCUUUUCCUCCACUUUUUUCUUCGCUUUGAAUACAGCUGUAUUGGCCACCUGUUCUAAUGCUGGUGAUCUGAUAAUUUGGGACCUGAGUCGAGGUAUAACGCAGAUAAUUAAUGUUAUCUGCUUUUAUCUCCACCCGUUUUUGGUUGUUCAAUGCAUCGGCCUUCUUUUCACUACGCUCUGUACAGGCGUCUGUUUCGUGGGCCAUUCACGCAGUGUACAUAGAAUUCACUUCAAUCCGAAUGCGCCCAACGAAAUCAUCUCCGCUUCGCACGAUGGGACUGUCAAACUCUUUGAUGUCCGUGACCAAUCCUGUCGUCAGAUCUUUCAUGUUCGCACAACAGCACCAUCGCCUGUUCGUGACGUUGUCUACUGUCCGCAUGAAGGUCACACUUUGGCCGCCGCUUUUGAGAAUGGUCUGGUGUGUAUUUGGGAUACACGCAAUGACAGUCGUCCUGCCCGGUGCUUCCAAGCCCACAACGCUGUCACAGCCAGUAUCGAUUGGCAUCCGAUGUGGAACUCUUUGGAUCGAAACUGGUUUGCCACAGCGGGAGGACGCGAUAAUACGAUAAAGGUGUGGGAUCUGAAUAAGACCUCUCCCACCACCGUCUACUCUCUGCGCACUAAAAAUACUGGAAAUAUACGUUGGCGUGUUGGGGAGACCACCCAACUCAUCUCCAGCUGUUCAAUGAGUCUAGAUCUGAGCAUUCAUUUGUGGGAGUUGAAUCGGCCCUACAUUCCCUACAUCACUUUUGAGGGCCACUCCCAGACCAUAUCAGGCAUCGCUUGGAGUACCGAUCCAAACAGCUUCUACUCGGUGGGGCGUGAUGGCCUGCUGAUGCGCCACUACGUGGGCGAUGGGCUGCAAACAGUAUGCGAUGCAAACGCAGUGGCGUUAGCACUCAACUGUCGUGGACCCCUUGCUCAUGCUCUCGGUGGGGAGCCUGGACAACGCGUUUUGGGUGGAAAAGUAAUGAAACGUACUGCCUCCGUCACUACUGCUCGUGUUUCGUUAGCUCAGCGAGUCGCGCCUUCAAAUGUAAUGGAGACGACGGCAACAAUGACAGCCACAAGAACACCGCAUCAACUGCUGGUUGCGAGGCGACAUUUGCUACCGCCAGACGCUACUCUGCUGUUGGACGAUCGAGAGGAGGUCGUCUCCCUCGCUGGUAGCGAGACGCCUGCAAACAUCAUUCCAGCGGACGUUUUUAUCGCUCAAAGUCAGAGUGAACUGUUCGUGGCAAACUUCCUUCUGGAGAAACCAUCAGAGCAGACUGCGCCCCUAUCCUCCCUCUUGCUUCCUGAUACGUUCAUCUAUUUGGCGAAGAAUUACCGCAUCUCUGGUAGCAGCAUUGAGGAGGUCUGCAAUCACAAUGCUGCUGUGGCUCGUGAUGUAAAUCAAGACUUCCUCUCUCAAUUCUGGCUAACUCUGAAGUUGUUCCUGGGUCACAGCUGGCAAUCAUCAUCACCACCAACGACCACUAAAGUCUCUGCAAGAACCGACGCUAAGCUUCGAAGAAAUGAUUGCAAACGGGGACUUCGUCCACGUACUGCUGUUCCCCAGUCGCAGCAGACAUCACGUCAUUCCAACCAAGGUGACGGAGACACUUCCCACUCCAGUGGCGUCUGUGUGCUCGAUUUCAUUUCACAGGCUGAUGCGUCGGAAGCGAAUGUGGAGAGGGCAUCCACCGAUACCACCGCGUUGGAAUCGGAGACUCCGAAGGACUCCUCCCUUUCUGCCGUCGCUGGCUCGUCUUCCACCACUUCGGGGUCGACAGCUGCUCCGCCUCCAUCAGCACCGCCUCAUCGUCAUCAUCAUCAACAGCCGCCAUCUGUGGUUGAGACGGGUAGUUUGGGUCGAUCAGUGAAUUUCCUUUUUGCGGACGAUGACGGUGUGGAUCGUGAUGCAAUUGGUGGUAGUGACCCUCGUCGCCUCGAUAGUACAUCAUCUCGCACCAUACCAUUCUUCAGUUUCAACUCUCUGCCCGCAGAGGCCGACGCCUUCUUUGAAGAGACGGUUCCAACUCCCUCGACGAUAGUGGUCAAUUCAGAGUCAGAACGGCAGCAGCAAAUGGUUAACCUUAGGAAAAUCUCAUUGCCGGAGGCCAAUCGCAAACCCGAGGUAAAGUCCGGUCCAGAAGAGUCUGGUGUGCAUCACAAGCAUCAUGAAUUUCGACGUGCUCCUACUCUAGCCAAGCAUCAUCCAUCUGCCCGUCUCAACCUUACCUCGGCUACAGAUUGCGUGGAGGCCGUGGACCCAACUGUAGUAGCAAACCUUACUCGCCCACUGGACUUCACUCAUCUUGUCGGCGCCUGGCUCCUUGAGUUGAUCGAGGCGGGCCACGUGCAGUCAGUGUGCACUGCAUUGCUUAUCUUCGGCACUGAACGCACACGCAUUAACGAGUGGGCAAGUGAGAAGCAAAUCGAGUCAUGGUUUUCUGCAUACCUAGACGUACUAGUUCGCUUCCGUCUUUGGUGUGUAUCAACACGCAUCAUAAAACACUGUGGUGGCAGUCAAGGUGAGGUCCCGAUGUCGCCAGUAUCUGGGGGAGGUAUAGUCAACACGCCGACAACGCCGAAUGUUGUGACCCCCACUACAACUGCCGCAGCCACAACACCGUGUACUGCAGAGCCAACUCAGCAGUACCCCGUGAUGAAGAAGCGCUCUAGUAGUGUAAAACCGACGUUCGUAGCCCUCCCUCUGGCCCGUCACAUAGCCAUCCUCAAUCAGACCGGUACAAGUGUCUCGGUGCGUUGCGGCAAAUGCUCAAAGCCCCUGCAGCGCUCUACCUCUGCCACCUCCUCUACUUCGGGCGGUGUCUCUGUGCCAUCAGGAACACCGCACGCUGCGUGGGCAUGUGGACGUCAUCCAAGCGCAGAAACGGCACUCUCCACCUGCGCCGUAUGCCAUAUGACGGUGAGGGGUAUAUACCUCUGGUGCAUUGGCUGCAGUCAUGGUGGCCAUCUGGAUCAUAUCAGGGAAUGGAUUUCCCGUCGCGCCGAGUGCCCAGCUGGCUGCGGCCAUUAUUGCGAAUACGGGAAACUGGACAGGAACCUCUACCUUCAGAUCUCGGCAUAG